AUCCGAUUCACCUCCAAUUUCAAUUCCAUUUGGAUCCAACGGCGACGUUCAUUUUCGUUUCUCGAUCCGAAUUUACGGAGUUCAAUUCGAUUUCUAGGUUUUGAUUUCUUCCUUUUUCGGUAUUGGAUUUGCUUCGAUGAUUAGAGAUAUGGCGGAUUCGAUCCGUAUCGGACAGUGAAAGGAUUAGGAAUGGGAACUUGCGGCGAAUGAAUUGCGAGAGAUAUUGAAUUAAAAUGCCUGGUUUAGCGCAGAGAAAUGACCAAUUCAGUAAUGGCUCAUCGCAGAUGUACUCGCUCUCUUCUUCGGCCAACGGUUUUUGGUCGAAACACCGCGACGAUGUCAGCUACAAUCAGCUCCAGAAGUUCUGGAACGAACUGUCACCACAAGCUCGGCAAGAACUUCUGCGAGUUGACAAGCAAACUCUCUUUGAACAAGCACGAAAGAACAUGUACUGUUCUCGGUGCAAUGGGCUGCUGCUCGAGGGGUUUUUGCAGAUUGUGAUGUAUGGGAAGUCUUUACAACAAGAGGGAGCAAGUGGGCUCCUUCCCCGCAACAGACGCGGAGCAUCGAGCAAUCAAAAUGAUGGUGAAUCGAGCAUCAUAAUUGGGUGUCAAGAUGAAAUACAAGAUCCUUCUGUCCAUCCUUGGGGUGGUCUGACCACCUCACGUGAUGGGUCCCUCACACUUAUGGAUUGCUAUUUGUAUUCAAAGUCUCUCAAGGGGCUUCAAAAUGUAUUUGAUAGUGCACGUGCAAGGGAACGAGAAAGGGAAUUACUUUAUCCCGACGCUUGCGGUGGGGGAGGUCGAGGUUGGAUAAGCCAAGGAAUGGUAGGUUAUGGAAGAGGACAUGGGACAAGGGAAACAUGUGCGCUGCAUACUGCCAGGCUUUCAUGUGACACAUUGGUUGAUUUUUGGUCAGCACUUGGAGAAGAAACUCGGCAAUCUCUUUUAAGGAUGAAGGAAGAGGAUUUUAUCGAGAGGCUCAUGUACAGGUUUGACAGCAAGAGAUUUUGCAGAGACUGCAGAAGAAAUGUUAUUCGAGAGUUCAAGGAGCUGAAGGAGCUGAAGCGCUUGCGAAGAGAACCUCGGUGCACUAGUUGGUUUUGUGUUGCGGAUACAGUCUUUCAGUAUGAGGUAUCUGAUGAUACUAUCCACGCUGAUUGGCACCAAACUUUUGCUGACACUCCAGCCACAUACCAUCACUUUGAGUGGGCAGUUGGAACAGGCGAGGGAAAAUCUGACAUUCUUGAAUUUGAAAAUGUUGGCAUGAAUGGAAGUGUUAAGGUCAAUGGUCUAGAUCUUGGCGGUUUAAGUGCAUGCUUCAUCACCUUGAGGGCUUGGAAAGUCGAUGGCCGUUGCACUGAACUUUCUGUGAAAGCUCAUGCAUUGAAAGGUGGACAAUGCGUGCAUUGCAGGCUUGUGGUUGGGGAUGGCUAUGUAACUAUUACAAGAGGAGAAAGCAUUAGAAGGUUUUUUGAGCAUGCUGAAGAAGCAGAAGAAGAAGAGGAUGAUGAUUCCAUGGACAAGGAUGGAAAUGAGCUAGAUGGAGAGUGCUCCCGUCCCCAGAAACAUGCGAAGAGUCCUGAACUUGCUCGAGAGUUUCUUCUAGAUGCUGCAACAGUUAUUUUCAAGGAACAGGUUGAAAAAGCCUUUAGAGAAGGAACAGCCCGCCAAAAUGCACAUAGUAUCUUUGUUUGUCUUGCACUAAAACUGUUGGAAGAGCGAGUUCAUGUUGCAUGCAAAGAAAUCAUUACACUGGAGAAACAGAUGAAACUUCUUGAAGAGGAAGAGAAGGAAAAGCGUGAAGAAGAAGAACGUAAAGAGAGGAGAAGAACAAAAGAAAGAGAGAAAAAGCUUCGAAGAAAGGAACGGUUAAAAGGAAAAGAAAAGGAUAAAAACUUCAGUGAGCCAAUGCAAUCUCCUAAUGUUCAUGUAGUCCCGGAGGAAGCAUCAUCAAUAGUUGUUGAUGAGGAGCCAAAUAAUUCCAUAAGCCACAGCAAGUCAAUUGGUGAAGCAGGUGAUAAUGUUCCAUCCAGGCCUGGAUCUCCUGAUGUUAAAGAUGAACAGCUUUCAAAUGGUCAUAUCAACUCAAGAACACAUAACUCCUUCGAGUUUCAUGAUGGAGAAAUUAAUUUUAAUGGUUCUUUUUCUGUUGAAGUAAAAUAUACCCGGCGGAGAUCAAAGCUUCGGAAAGAUGUUCAACCAGAUCUGUCUGUGUCUGUGAAGUGGCCUGACAGACGCCGAUAUGCAGUUGUUCCAGAAAGUGGUGCCAACAGAUCUGAGAUAAGAUGUUUUGGUGAUAAUUUUGAGUCUCAGAGGGCCGUCAAUUUAUCCAACAAGCAAUCAAGGGUAAAUGGCACAAAGUCAAAUAGUCGACACUGUGGUCUUAAGUUCGGUGAGAAGUUACACUGCUCGAGCAAUGGCAGGAUGAGCGACAGAUAUGACUUCCAUUCUUGUAGUUGUAACCAAAACACUGAGUAUAGAGCAAAGGUUGAGCCACAUGUUUCUAGAGUAGGUGGGGAGACAAAAUCGGGGAGUAAGUCAGAGUCUGUGUUGGAGAUAUCCAAGCAAUUCUAUCGUGGUAACAAAUACAAUCAAAUAGAUCACAUGCAUGAUAGUUGUGGAAGACCCAAAAGCAAAUUUGUCUCCGUGAAUUCCUCUGCUAGAGAUCUUCAUUCCAAGAAAGUUUGGGAACCACUAGAGUCACAGAAAAAGUAUGCCCGAAGUAACUCGGACUCCGAUGUUACCUUGAAGCCAUCUGCUUUCAAGGUUGAGGGAGCACAGCCUAAUAGUAGCCCUGUCAAAUCAUCUGGUGGAUUAUGUUCAGGUGAGUUUAGUGUAAAUUCAUGUGAAGUUGAUGAGGACAACAAUGUGAAGGAAUCUACAAACUCAACCAUUGAAAGUGAUUUAGGCUGCCAGAAUGGACGUCUCCUGGGAGAAGGGGAACCUUUCUACUCAAAGAAAGGAUGUGACAAAACGAGAGUAUGUGUGGACAAUUCUGCACUAAAUUAUGUUAAUUCUACAUCCAAUCGGUCUUCUGAUCCUAUUACGAGUAUCAGUUCCAGUUCCGAUAACUGCUCAUCAUGUCUAAGUGAGGAAGGGGACAGCAACACAGCUUCUUCAAAUCUCGGAAACCACGAAUCAUCAUCCACUUCGGAUUCAGAAGAUUCCAGCCUGCAAUCUGAAGAAAAAGAAACUUCAGAUCUCGUUCAAAAUAAUGUCUCAGAGUGCCAGAACGCCACAGUGGGGAAAAAUCAGAACGCGAAUGGAGGAGAGCCAAUUGGAGGUAGGACAUCUGUUGGUUCACAGAAUGGAGUUCUUGGAAAUAACGCUAUCGGGACUCCAACAACAAAAAUUGCUCAUGCUUUUGAUAAUGGUUUAUCUGCUGUUAACAUGGGUUCUCAACAUCAAAGCACGAUUUCUCCAAUGCACUUCCCCGUGUUUCAAGCUCCUUCAACAUUGGGUUAUUAUCAUCAAAAUCCAGUUUCAUGGCCAGCAGCUCCAAAUAAUGGGUUAAUUCCCUUCUCCCAUCCAAAUCACUAUUUGUAUGCCGACCCUCUUGGGUAUGGAAUGAAUGGAAACUCACGCUUCUGCAUGCAGUAUGGUCCCAUGCAGCAUCUAGCUACUCCUCUAUAUGCGCCUGGCCCGGUUCCAUUUUAUCAGCCGAUCGCCAAAGCCAAUGUAAUAAACCCAGAGGAGCAAACUCAGAUUUCUAAGCCACAUGUGCAGGAAGCUCCUAAUGUAGCUACUGAAGAUGGCACAGAUCUGGUUGGACGGCAUUCAACACAAGCGGCACCAAGUGGAGAAGGUUUCCAACGUGACGAUCCUGGAAAACCGCAUAAUACAGGUGACAAAAGCUUUUCCUUGUUUCAUUUUGGUGGGCCUGUAGCUCUUUCAAGUGGAUGUAAGCCAAAUCCCGUGCCUUCAAAGGAAGAGAUUGUUGGGGAUUUUUCGACAAAAUGUCCAACGGAUCCUGUUGAGGGUGAUCCUGCUUGCAAUAAGAAAGAGGCAACUAUUGAAGAAUACAACUUGUUUGCAGCAAGCAACGGCAUAAGUUUUUCUUUCUUCUAAAAUAGUUGUGAGGUGUGACGUGGCUGUUCAGAAAUUUAGUCCGUCUUCUUAUUUGUGAUGAAAGUUUGAGGUAUUUGGUCUAUACUACACAAUAAGCUUUGCUUUGGGGGAAGAAGAAAAAGGAAAAAAAACAAAAUUUGAGGUUAUUUUAUAUUUCGUUAUCCAUUUUGUCCAAUUGUUUUUCCUCAUGUAGAGAGAAAAAAAAAAAGUUGAGAGUGCCGUAAUGUUCCAAAGUCCUGUACGAGGUCAAGUUUUUUUUCUUUUUCUUUUUUAAUUGAUGAAGCAUUUACCAUAAUGAGGUUUUUAUUUUUUUUAUUUUUUUAUUUUUAGCACGUGGGAAUCAGGAAGAGUGUCUUGAAUACUUUUGUUUUGGGAUUUUGAGCC